AUGACCCUGGAGCUCCAAACCAGUCUUUCGACCGACAGCUCUCUAGACAAUACGUCGCUGGGCUCAUGGGACUUUGUGCCUGAGUUGACCACAACCGCGACUGAGCCAGCACCACCAGAGCGAGGCAAUGGCAACAGCAAUGGCGACAACUGGGAGCGACAUCCACAAGCACACAGAACUCGCACACUGGCACCCAACCUGACACGGCGGUCGCACAAAAAGUCUCGUGGCGGCUGCUAUAGCUGCAAAAGCCGCAAGAUCAAGUGCGGCGAGCAGAAACCAGCCUGUGGCAGCUGUGCGAUCAAAGGGCUGAACUGCACAUAUCCCACAGAGCCAGUGAAACGGCAGAGCAGUAGUAGUGCCAGGGGCAACGACCGGACCAGUACGACGUCUCACACGCUGGCAGUACUACGACGGAACCCGACGACCGGACCGUCGUUUUCCGCAAACGAAACUGCAUUUGGAAGCGGCGGUGGCGCCGAGGGAAGGACGUUCUCGAUGCUCGACAUGCGCUUCUUCCACCACUUCCUGACGAUCGCAUACCCGCAUCUGCCGGUCGGCAAUGACACGGUGUGGGUGCACGAGAUCCCCCAGUUCGCGGAGCGGCACGGAUACCUGAUGCACGCGAUCCUGUCGCUGGGGGCAUCACAUCUGAGCCGGCUGACGGGGGUCGACUACCGGCGCGAGUCGCUGGUGCACCGGGGCCAGGCGAUCGCCGGGUUGAACCAGGCGCUGAGCCAGUGGCAGACGGCGCGCAGGUACGGCGAGUCGGACGCGAUGCUGGCGGCCUGUUACGCGCUGACCUUCCAGGCGUUGUACAUGGGCGACGGGCUGGCCGACUUCGUCACCAUGGUGCGCGGGUGUGCGUUGACCACGGAGAAGAUCCGGCACGACAACUCGCCCACCGCGUUCAAUCUGCAGCCCGACUACCACUUGGAGUGCAUGGCUCCGCGGCUGCAACAGCUGCCUUCGGUCGAUCCGCGACUACUCGAGGAUGCGGGUCGGGCUCUGGACGAGAUUCGGCCGUAUAUGUCUGACACUGACGAUGACAAUGACAGAAACGACCACGACACGGAACUCGAUUUCCAUGACGCCCUGGUCGACGCCGUCGCCGGCCUGCAAGCCAGCCCGGCCAGCGGCUAUCUCCAGUUCAUCAGCAUCUAUGGCGUCUGGUACGAAAUGCCGCACGACCGGUUCAAGACGUUCCUCGAUCCCGACAACCUCGUCGCCCAGCUGCUGCUGGCCUAUUUCGUUUGUCUCCAGCUUCUCAUGGUGCCCUUGGCCGCCCAUGAGUGGCCGCAUCGCGCCGACAUCCUUCGCGUCCGUGUGCUGUCCGGCACCGUCGAGUGGGCGGAGGCCAUCUUCGACCGUCUGGAGGCUUCGGACCUUAGGGGUCUUCUGGACUGGCCUCGUGAGAUCAUCGCCAUCGUGCGUGCCGAGAUCAACGGUCAGGUGCUGCAGUCGACGCCGGUGUUGCAGCUGCACUUGGCCGAAAAUAAUCUCUCGCCUCAAUCAACCGUGCUCAUGGCUCUUUGA